AAACCUAAACCCAAAACCCCAGCUUAGCUGCACCUGCGAUCCAAUUCCCCCCGAAAAUGGCAGCCCUCGCCUCCCUCCUCCGCCGCCGCAGCAGCAGCAGCCAUGCCGACGCCCUCCUCCGCACGCUCUGCACCACCACGGCUGCUCCUACUGAGCCCACCCUCUCAGCCUCUGCCGCCAAGACCCGCCUCCGUCGCGAGUACGACGCCGACCGCGCCGUCUCCCUCCUCGAUGCCAUCGACACUGCCUCCCUCUCCGCCGCCUCCACGCGCCACGCGCUCUCCCUCGCCGCGCGCCGCCUCUCCCGCGCCGGCCGAUUUGCUGAUGCGGAGGCGCUCCUCUCCUCCCACAUCCCAGCUUCCCCAACCGAGCCACACCUCUCAGCCAUCCUCUGCUCAUACGCCUCCGCCGCCCUCCCCGAGAAGGCCCUGGAGGCCUUCCGCUCCGCUGCGCCGUCCCUCCCGUCACCAAUCUCCCCGAUGCCCUUCAACGCCCUCCUAUCGGCCUUUGUCCGGUGCCGCCGCCACCGCCGAGUCCCUGUCCUCUUCACCGAGCUCUCCAAGGAGUUCUCCAUCACCCCCGAUGCCACCUCCUAUGGCAUCCUGGUGAAGGCUCACUGUAUGGUUCGCCAUGAUGCUAAGGCGCAUGAAGUGUUGGCUCAAAUGCGUGAGGAAGGUAUCUCGCCGACCACCACCAUCUUCACCACAAUGAUCGAUUCGAUGUAUAAGCAGAAAAAGAUAGAGGAGGCAGAGACCUUGUGGAAACAGAUGUUGGAGAGCGGAUGCAAACCGGACCAAGCGACAUAUAACGUGAAGGCCAUGAACUUUGGACUUCACGGCAAGCCGGAAGAUGUUCUCCUGGUGAUGGCGGAAAUGGAGGCUGCUGGAGUGAAGCCGGACACCAUCACCUACAAUUUCCUGAUGACUAGCUAUUGCAAAAAUGGGAAAGUGGAGGAUGCCAAGGGACUGUACCAUUCACUAGGCGCCAAGGGGUGCUCACCGAAUGCAGCCACAUAUAAGCAUAUGAUGGCAUAUCUGUUUGCGCAUGGAGAUUUUGAUGCUGCGAUGAAGAUUUUUAGGGAAAGCUUAAGCAAGCACAAGGUGCCAGAUUUUAAGACAAUGAAAGGAUUUGUCGAGGGAUUGGCAAAGGGAGGUAAGGUGGCUGAGGCGAAGGAUGUUAUUUCUGAGGUGAAGAAGAUGUUCCCUGAGAAUUUGCUGUCUGGGUGGAAGAAGCUGGAGAAGGAGCUUGGGUUGAUCGCACAUAAUGGAGAUGUAACUUCUCAAGCGGAAUGUGCUGCUGAAGAACCUCUUUCUGAGGCUGAGCCUGCUACUGCUGAGGCACUUGAACUCGAAGACCCUGACACUGAGGAAACGGUGGUGUCGGAAGAAUCUGCUGAUGAUGAAACGCCUGCACCUGAAACUGAGACAUCCACUGAUGAGGAAGUACCACGGGGUCCUGCUUAAUUGGAGAUUACUAUUUUCUUCUUUCAAUUCAAUGUUACAAUGUUCGCAUUUGGCACACUCUCUGACAUUGAAAAAAUUGUUAAUGCUGCUCCAUAGAGGCGGAAACACUAGGUUUUGGAUACAGGCUCCUGGGCUGCUAACCUGAAUAAGUAAUAGGACUAUGGCACUUUGGAAUUAAGAGUCUCCUGUUAUUGUGAGCUGCGCGCGUGAUGUUAGGAGCCAUUGUUCCGGGGGUGCUCGUCUUUAAUUAAACUCAUUGGGCAUCGCCGUUUUGUCAUUAUUAUGGGUUGUGUAUCUGAGUUUACUAUGUAUUUUUAGUAACCUGUGGUUGCAUAGUAAAUUGUUAUAUGGAGUACUUUGGAUGUCUGAGUUA